AUGGAGGCCAUCUUGGGUCUGUCGUCCUCUUCCUCCGUCUGUUCCUCGUCCUCGUCGUCGCUCCCGCCUUCUGCUCCGCCGCUUUUCGUGGGUUCCAAACCGCUCCUGUUGAAGGUACAGGCCUAGGGUUAUGCCCUGACGUCUUCUUCCUCGAUGGGUAUCUUCCUCAAUGGAUGUUAAGGAAAUGGGCUUUGUUGGUCCUGCGAGGAACCAUCCUUCCUCGAUGCAUUCCUAUGGCGUUCCUCCAUGGCUGGUCCAACAGGAAGGAUAACCUCUCUCUCUCUCUCUCUCUCUCUCUCUCUCUCUCUCUCUCUCUGUAUCUGUGUGUGCGCCGCUCAGGACGAGGAACUCAUCUGGAAUGGCUCCCAGUGAGGAGGUCAGUAGCGGAGGUUGCAGCAGCGCUUGCGCCGGUCUCGCCGCCGUUGUCCAACUCCUCCUUCGUGCUGGCGGAGGAGAGGACGCGGAGAAAGGACCCGCUGGACGGCUACGACUACUACACCGGUGGAUGGAACAUCAGCAAUCACCAUUAUUGGGCUGUAAGCUUCCUUAACCUCCGUCCAAUCUCAUUACCUUUCCUUCUUCCAUUCCCAAGGAGAAACGGAACGACGGGGAUGGAUCAAGAGAGGAGGAGGAGGAAUCCCGUAUUCGUUCUCCGAUUUGACGCACCGACUGGUUCUUCUGGCUGCAGUCCGUUGGAUUAACCGCUGUCCCCCUGUUCCUGAUCGGAGGCAUCUGGUUCGUGGGCUUCGGGCUGUCUCUACUCCUCAUCUGCUGCUUCUACUGCUGCUGCUCCCGGAGGAGCUAUUCUUAUUCGCGGAUAGCUUACGCGUUAUCUCUGAUCUUGCUCAUCCUGUUCACCUGUGCUGCGAUGUAAUGGCGUUGACCCUAUCUUUACAAUUUUAGGCACUCUGGCCCGAUCAGCCGGAGCGAGGACGACGAGAGAUCUCAGAUUCCUGCUAUCUGUUUGUGAUGUCAUUUUCAGCGCCGGAUGCAUCAUCCUGUACACGGGUCAGGGGAAGCUUCACGUCACCACCUCGAACACCUUGGAUUACGUCGUUGAUCAGGCACGUCACCACCUCGAACACCUUGGAUUACGUCGUUGAUCAGGCGGAUUUCACCGUGGAGAACCUCAAGAACUUCUCGGAGAAUUUAUCUGCCGCCAAGAGGGUGAGUGUGGGCCAGAGUUUCCUUCCGGCAGAUGUCCAGAGGAAGAUCGACACCAUCGAAGCGAAGCUCAACUCCUCGUCCAAUGAACUGGCCAGUCGCACCAAAGACAACUCCGAGAAGAUUAGGGACGUUUUGGACACCGUGUAAGAUUCGAUGAAGAAACCUCCACCAUUUGGAAAGCUCGCUGAUUGAACUGGUUGAACCGUUGACCCUGCUUGCAGGAGACUUUGCCUGAUUGUCAUCGCCGCCGUGAUGCUCGCGUUGACAUUUCUCGGAUUCCGUAAGCGAUUCCCUCCCCCCCCCUCCAUUAUCUGCCCAAUAGGGUUCGUUUCUUGCUCCUUUAUAUGGAAUUGAGCGCUGACCCUUGUUCUUUCUGGCAGUGCUCUCCAUUCUUGGACUGCAGUGUCCUGUUUACACGUGAGUUGACUUAUUCCGCCGUUUUUUCCCAAGAUGUCUUGUGUUUCUUCAACUCUGUGCCUCGUGGUGAUUUGAUGAUCAAACUGAGAUUCAUGCAGCCUGGUGAUUAUCGGAUGGAUACUUGUUGCGGGUACCUUCAUUCUCUCCGGCGUCUUUCUUCUUUUCCACAAGUAAGCCCUUUGACUUCACAUCUCUGACCGGUUUCUUGAGUCGGGUCAACGCAAAUUGGAGCUAGAUGUUGCCAAUUUCGCCCCUUUGCUGCUCUAAUUCCAAGAACUGCUCGCUUCCAUGCAUCCAUGGAUGUGGGUUUUUUGAAGAACAGGGAAAUACAGCUCUUUCACUGAGCGGAUCAUAUUUAGAAAACAGAGCCUGCUUCUACGUUAUUAUUUUCUCCUUCUCUAGUGAAAUCACUCCAUUGCGUCUCAGUCUCCCUGUGAGGAUCUGCUUCAGGUCUUUCCUACCCAUUUUUGGAAAUUCUCAUUGUAGAGAUCUUUACUCGGCCCUCCAUGCUGAAAUAUGUGAGAAUGUCCUCCCUAACUUUGGUCAACUACCUGCAUGAACUUUGGGUAAUUAGAUAUAAUUCGGCUGAUAUUCCCCUUAUCUCCAGACCUAAUUACCCAUUAAAGACUAAUAACAUAUGGGAAUCAUUGUAUGUGGUGAAUUCUCGACCAAGUGGCUUUGACUUCAUGAAGGGCAUGCUGACUCCUCAAUGGUGUGCCUCCUGCAGCGUCAUUGGAGACACCUGCGUGGCGAUGGACGACUGGGUGCAGCACCCCCACGCGCGCACCGCCCUGGAUGACAUCCUCCCCUGUGUGGACGCUGCCACCGCCAACGAGUCACUCUACCAGAGCAAAGAGGUCACCUUGCAGCUGGCCAACGUGGUCAACCAAUACAUCGCCAACAUAUCCAACAGGAACUUCCCGCCCGGGAUCCCGCUGUACUACAAUCAGUCGGGCCCAGUGGUGCCGCUACUCUGCAACCCCUUCAAUCCUGACUUGAGCGAGCGGCAAUGCCUCAGCGGGGAGGUUGGCUUCGGCAAUGCCUCCCAGGUGCGUGCUUGCUUGGUCUCCGCUCAAAUUGAGAUCGCAAUUGGCAGGGAAUUGACGGUGCCACCUUGUAGGUGUGGCGGCGCUAUGUCUGCGAGGUGUCGGCAAGGUCGGGUGGCGAGGUGUGCACCACAACCGGGCGGCUCACCCAGCGGGUCUACAGCCAGAUUGUGGCGGCCACCAGCGUCAGCGCCGGUUGCUACCAAUACGGGCCCUUCCUGGCCGAUCUGCAGGGCUGCACUUUUGUGCGGAACACAUUCUCGAUGAUCACCCAUGACAAUUGCCCAGGCCUCCGGCGGGACAGCAACUGGGUCUACGUCGGGCUGGCGGUGGUGUCCGGUGCUGUGAUGCUCUCUCUGCUCUUCUGGGUCAUCUACACCUGGGAGAGGCGGCACCGGAAGAACAGCAAGAAGCAAUUCAUCACCGGGUCGUGA